CAUGGCGUCCCCCAUGUAACAAGAAAACUUGCACCUUACUCAAAUUCAUUCCAUGGGUUCUUGGUUCCAAGCUCAAAUUAUCCGACUACUACGAAACUGAACAAUACUGUUGCUAUAUUGCCUUGUAUUUUCGAAAUAUUUUCAUUAAAAUGUUAGGUGGCGCGGUGCAAAUCACCGUCUUUCUAAUAGUGUGUUUCGUGUGUCGGUUCAGUUUGGGCACUGAAGUGACAUAUUCAAAACAUAGACACACCGAUAUUGUCAUCAUUGGCGGUAUGGGUGAUUUGUCCAAGAGAUAUCUCAUGCAAGGAUUUUAUAGUCUCGUAACAAAAUAUACAACUGAGCACAAUUCAUUCACCUUCUACCCGACUGGGCGAACAGACCCAGAAAGUACAGAACCAAUAUUAUCCAAAGUACUCGACGAACGACUUACUUGUGAAAAGACUGAUGGACCUGCGUGUAAAAAAUCCAAAGAGGACUUCAUCAAUUCAGUCAAAUAUGCUCAACUGAAAACAGAUGAACAUUACAAAACCUUUUGUGAUGGUAUGAAAAUAAAAUGGGAAAAUCUUAUGAAUGGAAAAUUGAAUGCCGACAUAGAGGUUAUAUUUUACUUGUCAAUUCCAUCAAGUGGAUACUUAUCAGCUGCAAAAUAUAUAAACAAUUACUGCCGAACGAACCAUAAAAACUGGAAAGUGAAAGUUGUUUUGGAAAAGCCUUUUGGCCUUGAUCGCCAGUCUGCUAAAGCAAUGGGACUUGAGCUGUCUGAUUCAUUUAAUGAAGAGGAGAUUUACAGGGUUGACCAUUACCUUGGAAAAACAGUUGUUAGAGAAAUCCUAAAUUUCAGGAAACAAAACGACCACAUGGAAGCUUUGCUAAACAAGGACCAUGUUGAGCAGGUAGAAAUAUUUAUGAAGGAAACGAUUGGAGUUCAAGGCAGGAUUGACUUCUAUGAUCAGACUGGCGUCAUGCGAGAUGUCUUCCAGAACCACCUCACAGAACUUCUCACAAUCCUUGCCAUGGAGAUUCCCCAAAAUUCAUCAUCAUCCGUCGACAUCAAGGUCAACAAACUGAGACUUCUCAAACAGAUAGAGCCAGCCAAAAUGUCUGCCACUCUUCUUGGUCAGUUCUCCGAUUAUCUCAAAGAUGCCGAAAAGGAACAGGCCGAUCUUGAAAAGUCUAAAUUUACACCCACAUUUGCAGCAGUGAUGUUAAAGGUACAUUCACCGAGAUGGGACGGUGUGCCAUUUAUUCUUGCUGGUGGAAAGAAGCUUGAUGAACGAUCAGGUUAUGUCAGAGUUGUUUUCAAGAGAAAUACUGUCUGUGUUAAUAAUUGCAGGGACAAGAAUUUACAACAACUGAUCUUUUACAUAGGACAUGGUCAGUUGAAGACACCUGCGAUCUUAGUGUCCAAAUCUAUUGGUCAGCCUGUUUGGCCACAAGGGGUCUCUGACCAGUCCUCUGUAACAGUGCCGUCUGAAUUAUUUGGGCAGAAAAGUGAGGAUUUGUUUAUUGGAAUCCCUCAUAAAGACCCUGCUGCCUAUACUGUUUUGAUAGAAGAUUUGUAUCUUGGUAUUAAGGACAAUUUUAUUGGGACAAAUCAUUUGCUGUCGCUUUGGGAUAUUUGGACUGAUGUGAGUUCAUUGUCUUCUAUACAUCCCCCAAAGAUUUACAAUGCAGGUGACAAAGAUGGAAAAUUAUCCUUUAGAGUGACAAAUAACAAACUGGAAUAUCAUGAAAAUAUUUCUGAUUCGGUUACCAUGGUAAAUGGAGAAGCGCCAAUACAAAAUGAAACGUUUGGACAGACUCCUUCUUCGUUUCUUGGUAACAAGUUAAUCACUACUGAUCCGCAGAGGCUUGCUUUCCUUUUAGCUGAAGACAUAGCUCACUCGAUCCAGAAAACACUAAAGAGGUCAUUGUUCUACCAUAUUGCAUUUUCAGGGGGUAAAAGUCCAAUUAUUCUAUUUGAAACCCUGGCACAACACUUUGCCGAUAUUCCUUGGCGGUAUGUACAUAUUUGGCAAGUAGAUGAAAGAUGUGUUCCUGCCACGGAUAAAGAUUCCAAUUUUGGUACAAUUGAAGAAUAUCUUUUGAAAUAUGUGCGCCUACCCUAUGUCAAUGUUCAUCCAAUGCCAGUAGAAAUAACAGGCAAGUUGUGCAGUGCCAAUGAUAAUGGUUUACAGCUGUAUCAAGACUUGAUCAAAGAUCAAAUUAGUGAUAAAAGAUUUGACUACAUUGUUUUAGGCCUCGGCGCUGAUGGUCACACAGCGUCUCUUUUCCCAAAUGACCUGAGCCUGAGUGCGAUAAGGCAGUUUACGGCUUAUGCAUAUGGGCCGGAAGAUUCUUUUGAAACUCAGAGGAUGACUCUAACAUUACCAGUCAUCAACAAGGCUAAACAGAUAUCGGUAUUUGUGACUGGGAAAGGGAAGCGGCAAAUUUUGAAACAGUUAGAGGUUGCUGAAGGUUCCAAGGUUGAGUAUCCCAUCCUUGGAGUGAAACCAGAUGUAGGAAAUGUUACGUGGUUUAUUGAUUCAGAGGCACUGAUCGAUGGAUAGAAAUCAGUAGCUAAAGUACUGUCGGAAAUAGAAAAAAACUGUUUUUAGGCUGUUAAUCUGUAUCCCUAAAAUUUACAGAACUGCAAAUAGCAUAUGUUGAAAUAAUCCACUUUGGCCUAACUUGGCAUGCAGUAAUAGGAUAUCCAGAAAGCAUGUUUACUCUUAAACUCGGGCAAAACUUUGAAAACAAUAGAUCAGACUAUAGAUGGCAGUUAGGUCGCUCAGCCAGGUAUGACUACUGACCAUCGACUCACCUGGCAUGAAAUGCAUGUGCUGCCUACAGGCAC